AUGAAUAUUUUGAUCUUGUUGCGACAUUCUGGAAUAUGGGAAAGUGCUGUUACAUAUGAGCGAUACAAAAGUGAUGGGAUAGUGGUUGGGGAAAAUAUUUCGUUCAUGAAUCUUAUUUCAGCAAUUGCGGCUGAGCUUGGUAUUGACGAAUCGAAAAAAAAUAUAGAGAUUAGAUAUGUUGUUGAAGUUUGUCAUUCAAAUGAUUGUUGUUGGAAAUUGAAGGCCUCUAUUAGAAAGAAUUCAGAGACUUUCAUAGUGAGAUACUUUAAUAGUGAACAUACAUGUCCAUUGAGGGAUAGGAUACUAAGCAAAGUACAAGCUAUUGUUGGGUUUGUCAGUGGUGCGACAGCUCCAAAAUUAGGAAAUCAUAAAAGGAAACAUACUCCGAACGAUAUAAUUGAUGAUAUUAGGGAAACGUAUGGCGUUGAGAUUUCUUAUGAACAAGCAUGGCGCGCAAAAGAGCGUGCAUUGGAACUUAUAAGAGGUAAAACUGCUGAUGCAUACAGAAACAUGCCAAGAUACAUAUAUAUGCUGGAAACUGUGUAUCAAAAUUCAUAUAUAAGGAUGCACAAGUCUGAAUACAACGAAUUUAUGUAUCUUUUCAUAUCAUUAAGUCCAAUGAUGAGAGGAUUUGAGUUCUGUAAGCCAGUUGUUGUUGUUCAUGCUUCACAUCUUAGUGGAGCCUAUCGAGGGACAUUUGUGUCUGCUAGUACACUCGAUGGAGCAGGUUGCAUACUGCCUUUGGCGUACGGAAUUAUUGACACAAAAGAAUGGUUGUUCAUGGACAUGGUUCUUUCAACUGUUGCAUACUGCCUUUGGCGUACGGAAUUAUUGACACAAAAGAAUGAUUGUUCAUGGACAUGGUUCUUUCAACAGUUUAAGAAUACAUUUGGUGAUAGGGAAAAAUGUGUGUUGUAUCUGACAGAAAUGAAAGCAUAA